AGCUUUUAGUAUAUGGUGGAAGAACAGUGCCAACACGGCACAAGGCUGACUUAAGACAUACAUAAGCUACCUUAGUUUAGUUUCUCGUUUUGUAUUAAUGGGUAACAGGAGGUUAAAAGAACAGGAAAUAGAACAUUGCCUGAGAUUGCACCAUGGCGCUCGUGAAACUUCAGCUACACCUCUCUCUGCUGCACUUCCUCCCCUCGGACAUAGCCCCGCCAGGAAGUGUGGAGAAUGUGCUUGACUGCUUCAACGCUUGCUUGAAAAACCUGCAGUGCGUCUCCCUGAUUUACGACAGAUACAACAAACAGUGCUACGCCUACCCAGGCAGGCUUGAGGUUCCCUUCUGGGGAACUGACCUCAAUACCGACCUCGACAUCUACAAUACCAACAGAGAUGGAUAUGGCUGUCCAAGUCAUCGUGGAUAUGAUUAUAAUUCCACGGUGAAUGUGUGUUUCAAAAUACACGGUGGAACGAAAGUGACCCACAUUAAAGCUACCAGGACCUGUAACUCCGAGGGUGGCCAUCUUAUCAGAAUCACGUCAAGUGCGAAGGAUGAAUUUGUGUCUGCCGUUUGGCCACAGAACCCCAUUCUCAUCGAUGGCAGGUGCACUGUGGACGGCGGCUGGAAGUACUCGACUGGAGAUAAUUUUACCUACUUCAGAUGGAACAUAAAUAAACCUAGCGCUAACUGUCCUACUUCGAGCGAGUGUCUGGAAACAGCUGUGUCUGGGUUCAACGACAUCUCCUGUUGGUAUGACCGUCCCUUCAUGUGCGAAUUCGAUAUAUAAGCCGCGCAAAGCAAAAUAUAUUGAAUGUGUUUUUGGAUGGUAAAUAUCCUGUAUUAGGAAUAAACAUUGUAUUUAGAGAGACCUUUCGAGCUUAAUACGUUGUGUUUAUUAGUAAUACAGAAUAUUUACCAAUUUAGCAUCCUACAACACACAAGCGUGAUAACCUCUUUAUGAUAAUGUCGUUCUUAAAUCUGUCGUCGAAAAACCUGUUCUCAUCUCUCACAAACAAUACCUAAACAUUGCAAGUUUACCUGGAAUGUGAGCAGUAAUAUAUAUUACGUCAAAAGAUCGGUUAUUUGGCAGUCGGUCAGUGACAACAAUCAAUAUAGUUCCAACUGAAACCUGUUUUCUAAACAGUGGGUUAACUACAUAUAGGCAAAAUAACAGCUGACACGCCGUGAUAUAACUGGAAUAAUGUUAAAAGUUGCGUUAAACCCAACUCACUCACUACUUGUUUGUAAUUCUUCAGGUUGAAGAUAAUACAAGUGCACUGUGAAAUCUGUUUGUGAAUGUGUUUAAAGUGUUGCCGUAAAAGUAUACUUUACACCUUCAAAUGUAAAGGUGAAAGUUCUGUUUUAAUUCAAUAUUUUUAUAUAACCUCUUCAUGGGUAUAUGCAUUUCCAGAUUCGUAUACUAAAUCAUUUAUAAACAUAACUUCUUUAUAGACCCAUUCUGCAUUAAAUGCACAUUUCUUACGUUGAAAAUUGUAAUAUUACCUUUACACCUACUUCAUAAGUUCAGUGGAUCAUGUUCACUUUUCGUAUUUUAUGUUGAUGAUGUCACUUACCAAAAUAGUGACCACGCUUUCAAGAACUCUGACCCAAAUUUUGAAAACUGUUUGAGUUAACAACAUAAGUAGGAUCUGCAAACUAUAUCCUAUAUAGAUAAAUAUUUGGAGAAUACUCAUGGUCCUUAUCAUAAGAUUAUGUGAGAUAUGGCUGCACACGGCUGCAGGCUGCAGUGACUUUGUUUCUGCAGCCCAUAAACUGUUCCAUAGUGUAAAGGAUUAGAAAACGAGGAAGGAGGAAGGAUCAGCUAAACGGCAACUGUGUCGGUUAAGGAGAGCACAGCUGUGUCUGGGUUCAAAGUCAUCAAACUGUGACAAUCAUACGCGAAUUCAAUAUGAAAAGCCGUCCACAGCAAACGUUUUGUAGUGUAUGUAAUUGUUAAUUAUCUAGAUCAGUCUGGUGAGUGUAUGCAUUGCUACCCGUCAUCCGUAACCAAUAUAAUCACACAAGCAUGGGUUGCCCAAGACCUGUUCUACCCGGAUCUUCAUAGGUUGUUUCAUUUUGAUUACUGUCCAAGGGAACAUUUCUGUAUUGGGGCAAACAUGCAAUAACAGAAGUCUUUGUCCAUUAAAAUGUAUUUUCUAUUUCGUUGAAGGGACAGAUAUACUUGUCUUUAGCUAACCCUAAUUUUGAUGUGCGUUCUCCAUAUUAGACUUCCACAUUUCGUGUAUUCUUUUGAUUCAAUAAAGUUUGAUAAACUGUU